UUAACAGCUGCAGGAAACAGAAGCAAGAGGAUAUUGAAGGGGGGGGGGGGGGCACACACACUUGAUACGCAUCCGUUAAACAGGCUUUUCCUGUUUCACGCAGUGCAUCAUGUUUGCAUUCACUUCAAACUUCUGGCAGCUGGAUUGUCAAGUGUUGUGCAUGUUCAUCUGCAGGUCAGGAACUACAGCAGCUCUCACCUCAGGGCAAACGACCUUUGAACCAUUACCAGACGUAUGCCCUCUGCAACUCUUGACCAAAUGCCUCAUGCAUCCUUUUAACUGACACAAUGAAAAUGUGCUCUGACCAACUGACAAGACAGAUUUUUAGCUCCUGGGUUGUGUUUGCUCUUAUCAAAUUGGCCCAACAGUCCUGUCUAUUCAGCUUUGCAACACUGAUCAUGGUGAAUACCUCCUCUUAGUUAGGAUGUUGUAAUGUUGACGUAGUGUGCCUCUGGUGACAAAUAUUAUAAAGGAUAUAUUCGCUUUAGUUUGGCUGGCUGUUGAAAGCUACGGCAAAUUCAUGAAACAUAUGCAUUAUGUGUAUAUUAUUGCAGUCUCUUAAUUAAAAUGGGGCUAACUCGUGCUUUCGUUGUGUAUGUUUACCCACAACUGCUGUUCGUCGUUGUUGUUUUUUUCGUUUUUUUACUUGGCUUAGUAAAACAUAUCAUGCCAAACACAACAGGACAAUGUCAGGGAGGGUCUGCUAGAUGCGGUUUCACAUCGGUUUGUCUUCAGUGAGUUCUCACCUCUUUAAUCUUCCUCAUGACUUCCUUUGGCGCUGCGCCUCCUCCUGUGACUGCGGUUACGCGUCUGCGCGCACACGGCCAGUCGCGGCAAUGGCGAGGUUAAGCGAGCACGGGAUCCGCCUGAGUUCCAUGAGCCCUUCCUUCCUGAACAGCAACUCCACAAGUCACACCUGGGCCUUCAGCGCAGUGGCAGAGCUCAUAGACAAUGCAUCAGAUCCUGGUGUUACCGCUAAACAGAUCUGGAUAGAUGUAGUUGAUGAGGCCGGGCAGCUGUGUCUAACCUUCACUGAUAACGGUAGCGGCAUGACUCCCAACAAGUUGCACAAGAUGCUCAGCUUUGGUUUUACAGAAAAGGGUUCGGGUAGGGCCAGUCUGCAGGCCAUCGGUGUGUACGGGAACGGGUUCAAGUCUGGCUCGAUGCGUCUGGGCCGCGACGCGCUCAUCUUCACCAAGAAUGGCGGCUGCGAGACUGUGGGAAUGCUGUCUCAGACCUACCUGCGAAACAUCAAGGCCCAGGCCGUCAUUAUACCCAUCGUCCCCUUCAACCAACAAACCAAGUCUCUGGUGGUGACCGAGGACUCGGAGGCUAGCCUGGCAGCCAUCCUCAAACACUCCAUCAUCACCUCCCAGGAGCAGAUUCACGCACAAUUUGACUCCAUUCUCUCCAAAAAAGGCACCAAGAUAUUUAUCUGGAACAUCCGCAGGGCAAAAGAUGGCAAGCCAGAGAUAGACUUUGAGACCGAUGUGAGCGACUUCCGUUUGCCCGAGAUUCAUGAAAAGGAGCUGAAGAAAUAUCUGAGGACCGGUGGAUCCCCGGGAGCCAGACAUGACAUCCCUGACAUACACAAAAGUCUCAGCGACUACCUCAGUAUCUUGUAUCUGAAGCCGAGGACACAGAUUUUUCUGAGGGGGAAGAAGAUUGUGGUUAAGCUGGUGUCGAAGAGGCUGAAACUCAUUGAGCAUGAUGUCUACAAACCCCAUUUUAGUAAAGAUAAGGUGAAGGUGACCUUUGGUAUGAACCCAAAAAACAAAGACCACUUUGGCAUCAUGAUGUACUACAGGAACCGACUCAUUAAAGCCUACGAGAAAGUGGGCUGCCAGCUGAAGGCUUCAGGUCAAAGGGCAGGUGUUGGGGUCAUCGGUAUCAUCGAGUGCAACUUUCUCAAACCUGCCCACAACAAGCAAGACUUUGAAUUCACCAAAGAAUACAGACUCACCCUCGGUGCUUUGGGCUUAAAGCUGAACGACUACUGGAAAGAGGUGACAGAGAAGAAGGCCAGAGAGCGCGAGUUUCAGGCUGUGGAAAGAGACGAAGAUGCAGACCAGCAGGAUUCUGACGAGGGUCCCAUGUGGAUACAGUGUGAAGACUGCCUGAAAUGGAGAAAUGUCCCUGUAAGUCAUUAUAAUGUGGCUCCUGAAAGCUGGACCUGCAGCCAGAACCCCAAUUCAAAUUACAGAAGCUGCUCUUCACCAGAGGAAGCAGAAGACGUCGAGGAGCUGUUAACACCCAGCUACCAGAAAAACCACAAGAAACAUUUUUCCGACAGAGAGGAUCGCAAAAGCAGAAAACGAGAAAAAUCCAUGGAGGUGAGUGAGUCCCAGGACGAAAGCCAGAAACAUCCGCCCCUCUCACGCAGUUCAUCAGAGCCGAGUUGGCCCACCAUCCGGUCAGAUCGAAGCCGCACAGAGGAAGACACACUCGGAUCAGACCGGACGCGCACAGUUCACGCAGACGCACACGUUCAUGACGAUGCGCAGACACAAAGCACCGUCACAGCUGAAGUCACACACACGCAGCAGAGUCACGGUGGAAGACGCAGAGUCAUUGAAGGCAAGACACAAGUCACCCAUGUGGAAAAGGAGAGCAUCGAUAACAGGGGAGAAGCUAAAGAGAGAGACACGGACGUGCAGCCGGUUGAAAGAGAAAAGGAGGACACGGACGCAAAAAGCCACAAGAGGAAAUCACGAUCGUUAAUUGACUCUGUGAAAAAGAAGCCGCGUCUUCAGAAAGAGCAGCCGGACUCAGAAAAUACGGCCAAAGAGAUGAACCCUGAGAAACCGACGGAUAUACCCGAGACGGUGUUCUCGGAGAAGACCAGGCCUGGCGGUAGCAGCCGAGUGGAGAAACAAGGUGAUGCAGCACAGCGAACGCCCACCAAUCUCUCCUGGAACCACUCGCUCCCCUCCACCCAGACUGUGAUGGUUUCCCCUCUGAGUCGAACAGAAGGGCCUUGGAGCCGAAUGCCUCCAGAGGGAAGUGGGUGGGAGGCUAACGUGCAGAAGCUGGCCGGGUUGGAGAAAGAGGCCCAGAGGCUACGAAGGCUUCUUAAUCUGGAAGUUACAAAGACAACUCAAGGCACGAUGACAACUGCUGAUCGCAGCUCUGAAAAGUCCACAGCAGGGCCGGAGACGCGUCCAGCCUCCAGAGCAGGAAGAGAGGUCGGCUGCCAGACCGACUUGUCUGAGAGCUGCAGUUCAUCCAGCAGCCUGACCUCGGCUCCAGGUCUUCUGGGGAUGGUGGUCCUGGGUCAUAGAGCUGUGUGCGGGCUAAUAGGGCAACCUGAGCAGAACGUGUCUAAAAAGGAGAAGACAGAAGCUCAGAGCAAGAUGAGAGUCGGGGACAGCGAGGCCUGUGAAAGCAACAGAUCUUCACAAGAAGAUCUGCACAGCAUCCGUAACAAUGUGGUGGUGCUUCUCACGGCCCUCUUGCCUCAACUGGACCUGGCUGGCAUCAGCAUGGAGACCGCCGACGUGGACAACAUCCUGCAGCAGAUCAUAGAGGUCAACUCACUGAAGCUGUGAUCAGUGUUGUUAUAAAAUCAAGAUUGAUGUGUAUUUCUAUUGAAAGUUUGGAUUGGACUUUGUAGUCUUUGUUCUCAGAGUUGUUAGACAAACACAAAUCAAGCUGGUUUUACCUGCACACAUAUUGCCAGUGGCAGUUCCAAUUUUCAUCCAUUUUCGGCGCUCGUAUAUUUUGAGAAGCAUUGCUGUGAGCAUUUCUGUCCAAUUCACGUAGAUGUAACUUUUACUUUGAUAUUUUCCAUUUCUAGAAAGUGUGAUGCAUUGCUUUUUUUGUUUUUUAAUCUGUUUUUAAUGACUAUUUAAAUAAGUUUUAUACGCAUGUGGUCAACUUGGAGGCAUACUUGUUUCUAGAUUUUUUCACACACACAUAAAUGAGACUUUUCACGUUUGCAUUAAAAUGCUGAAAUCA